GCUGACCGGCAGCGGAUCGUGUGGCAGGGCGGUGGGGAAUGUAAACAGUGUGGCUCAGUCGAGGAGUGGCUGGCCUGGUGAUGACCCCUGUGUGUGACCCCUAGUGUGUCGAGCCCUGUGUGACCCCCGUCCUGACAUGACCACCUGACCCUACAUCCCCACCAGGGCAGUGGACGUUGCGUUAGAAUCAGUGGCUUCUCAGACACACCAGUGUGCGUGAUAAUGUUUUGAUGUGUGGCUACUGUGACGAGACGUCGCGAGCACUGAUCUCUCCCCCACCACUUAGUGGUCAUCUGGCACGGUCACUGACACGGUGGCUGGUGACACGUUGGCACGGUGGUUAGAGACACAGUGGCAGGUAUCAUGGUGGCUGGUGACACAGUGGUGGGGCUACCGAGGCAGUGCUGGGUCUGCUGACCACUUGUUGAAGAGGUGGAGUGUUGCCACCCCCCCCCCACAUCAAGACCUGACGAAGACAGUGUUGGUGGUGGUGUGUGUGUUCCGUGAUUAGUGUAGAAAGAAUAUUCAAGAGGGAUGCAAAACUCCAGCCCAGAAUGGCUCGAAUCAGCCAUGGGGUCUAGUGUUGUAGUGUGGCCCCCAUGGCCUAAUAAGUGGCUAGAAAGCCACCACAUUGACACAAUGUCUGUCUUGACCACCGAUUACCACCCAUGGAUCUGCUCAAUAAUUGCAGCCUUGGCUGUGGGCUUUGCUGGUAUUGUGCCUCUCCUCCUCAUCCCCACUGAUCAUGAGUUGAAAACAAAAAAUGGAGGACGGAACUUGUUGCAAUUGCUGCUGAGUUUUGCUGUGGGUGGUCUGUUGGGUGAUGUGUUCCUUCAUCUGCUACCUGAGGCCUGGAGCAUGGCCCUCGAAGGUGGUGCAGGUACCCAUGAAGCAUUCACUCAGGUGGGUUUGUGUGUCCUGGCGGGAAUCUUCGUGUUCAUCAUUGUGGAGAUGAUGGCUUCACAUGGCUCUGGUGGCCCUACCAGCACCACCAUGAAGGGCACCCCACAACCUACAAGGAAGGAGGUGACUGGUUAUCUGAAUCUAAUAGCCAAUGGGAUUGAUAACUUCACCCAUGGGCUGGCAGUAGCAGGAUCCUUUAUGGUGUCUUAUAAAACUGGUCUACUUACCACUGGUGCAAUCCUCAUACAUGAAAUUCCACAUGAAGUGGGAGAUUUUGCAAUUCUACUUAAAUCAGGGUUUACUCGGUGGGAGGCCACCAAGGCUCAGAUCUAUACUGCUGGCAUUGGUUUAAUGGGGGCUUUGUGUACACUUUGCAUCGGCACCUCCGAUGUUUUAGGUGGGGCACAGGUGUACAUUUUGUCGUUCACAGCGGGUGGCUUCCUCAACAUAGCCUUAGUGAGCGUUCUGCCUGAACUGCUGCAGGAGGAGCGUCCUGCUCAGUCAUGUGCGCAACUUCUCUGCCUCCUGUGUGGCACCCUGACAAUGGCAGCUGUAGCUCUUAUGUGUUAAGUGACGUCAGGCUAAUCUUGUCUGUUCAAUCUACUCAUCAUUUCCACGCAUAAUUUACAAUAAUUUUGGAAAACAAAUAUUCUUUGGAUUCUGUAUGCUCUGCAAUGACUACUUACUGAUUUUAUCCAAAAGUUUUAAUGGCAUAUAUUUGUGUGUGUGCAUAAUUACCUAAUGUGUGUGUGUGUGUAUGUAUGUAUGUAUGUAUGUUUGUAUGUAUGUAUUUGUGUGCUAUUAACUAAGAUUAGCUGCAGGAUGAGUGCUACGCCGGUGGUGUCUUGUCUUCCCAAUAAUCUUCGUCGUAUGACAUUUUGAAGCUUCCAGUAGUUUUGGUUAUAUAUAGUAUUUGCCUCUUAUUGAAUUUAUUUAAUAUGUCUGCCACUUAUCAAAAGUGAAUUUUUGAAUGUUUAUUCUGGCACUUUUAGCUUGACUAUGACUUUGUUUUUUAUAUAGCCGAUACAAAACCUCCUUAAAAUUUUACUGAUUUCUGUUACUAUUUUGUAUGAGAUUGUCACCUGUGUGUUCCUGUUAGCCUUUCUUCAUAGCUGGUGUAAUUACCUAAGUGUAGUUACAGGAUGAGAGCUACACUCAUGGUGGCCCAUUUUCCCAGCACUCUAUCAUAUAACUCUUUGAAACUACUGACGGUUUUGGCCUCCGCCACCUUCUCACUUAACUUAUUUCUACCAUCUACCACUCUAUUUGCAAAAGUGAAUUUUCUCAUAUUUCUUUGGCAGCUUUAUUUAAUUAGCUUAAAUCUAUGACCUCUUGUUUUUGAAGUUCCAGGUUUCAGGAAUUCUGAGACCUGGACCCUGUCAGAUACCCUGACAAGGACAUUCUUCCCUGUCAAUUCUUUUGGCUUCUAUCCUCUCCUUGUAGCUGUUUUAUUUUAGUUCUGGAAGCCAUUUAGUUGCAUGUCUUUGCACCUUUUCUAAUUUGUUGAUGUGCUUCUGAAGACAUAAGCACCAUACAACUGCUGCAUAUGUCAACUUUUGUCUCUUAAAGGUCAUGAACAGUUUCUAGGACCACCCCCUAGAUCUCUUUCUUUAUCAGAUUUUUUUGUAAAGCUCUUUCAAAUAAUUUGUAGGUUAUGUAUGGUCUAUUUUCUCCUAUAGGUAUUCCACAUUCCAUAACAUGGCAUUUAUUCUCAUUAAAUUCCAUUUGCCAAGUGGUGUUCCAUACCCUUAUUUUGUCCACAUAUUCUUGAAGGGGGAUGACAGUCAUCUUCCCUAAUAUCUAUCAUCAGCAAGAAUGUUCAUAUAAUUCUGUAUUCUGUCUGGUAGGUUGUUUAUGUAGACAAUGAACAUUACUGGUGCAAGAACUGAACCCUUUGGUACUCCACUUGUGACAGUUUUCUAGUGCAAUGCAUUUGGUGUGUGGAUGUGUUUGUGUGUAAUAAUUACCUAAUUAAUUACCUAAGUGUAGUUACAGGAUGAGAGCUAUGCUUGGUGAACCCCUUCUUCUCGGUAAUCUUUAUCAUAUUAUGCUUUGAAAUUACUGAUUGCUUUUGGCAUCCACCACCUUCUCACUUGACUUGUUCAACCGCCUACAACUGUUUGCAAAAGUGAAAUUUUGUAUAUUUUUUUGGCACUUCUAUUUUCUUAGCUUGAAUCUAUGGCCUCUUGUUUUUGAAGUUUCAGAUUAACAAAUUUCAUCUUGUCAACUGUGCAAUUGUUUCUUAAUGACAACACAGCUCUAGGUUGAGUGCCAAUCAAAAAGAAAGUUUGUACCAAAAUAAACAUUUGUAAUUAAUAUCUAGCAUAUUCACUUGAUUCAAAAUUUGUUCCAGUAAUUACCUAAGUAAUUACCUAAGUGAAGUUACAGGAUGAGAGCUAUGCUCGUGGUGUCCCGUCUUCCCAGCACUCUUUGUCAUAUAACGCUUUGAAACUACUGACAGUCUUGGCCUCCACCACCUUCUCCCCUAACUUGUUCCAACCGUCUACCACUCUGUUUGCGAAAGUGAAUUUUCUUAUAUUUCUUUGGCAUCUGUGUUUAGCUAGUUUAUAUCUAUGACCUCUUGCUCUUAAAUAUCCCAGUGUUGUUUGCUAACCACUAAGCCACUAAUUUGAUUUUUUUUUUAUAUGAACUUCUCCACCAUCCCUGAUUGGUAGAAUAUGUCUUCUUUUCCCAGGCCUUGCACAUCAUUAAUUUGUUAUUGACCUAGUUGUGUGAAUUUUUGUAUUUUCUGUACCUGAGAUUUAACUAUUUUCACUUCAAGCUUCACUUCAGCUUCAAGGACAGGGACACGCCAUUUUGGGUUGAAUUCUUCAUUACUUUUACAAUACGAUAAGUAAAGGUUCCUAUUUUGCAAGUACUGUAUCAGAGAAAUACUCGUAAUAUAGUCUGCAAAUUAUUCAUAAUUUGCAUUAUUAUUUUUGUCUGAUUAUUUGGAUGAAAAUGUCAGCAUCCCAUGAUAAAGACAAUGUCUAAUAUCAACCACAAAGUAUUUACCCCACUUGCCAAUUAUACUAUGAAAAAUAAUAAGGUUAGUCUAAGGGUUAAUUAACCCUUUGCUGUUUUUGCCCCCUUAACAAUUUUGUGUGCUGCCAGCAUCUUGGCCCAUGCACAAAUACCUUAGCAAUAUUUGGCCUCCAAUGCAUACUGGGAAGUUACUAUGCAUGGUAAAGUGUUCAGUGUGGUAUUUGUUUUUUAAGUUAAAGAGUUAUACUUUAUGAUGGUAAUUUGACCAGACCACACACUAGAAGGUGAAGGGACGACCACGUUUCGGUCCGUCCUGGACCAUUCUAUCGACUUGAGAAUGGUCCAGGACGGACCGAAACGUCGUCGUCCCUUCACCUUCUAGUGUGUGGUCUGGUCAAAUUACUGUAGCCAUGUUAUUGUGACUCAUCGCCUGCUUUACGAUGGUAUUUUCAAAAAUGGAAUAAAAGCAAAAUACAGUAACAAAGGGCGAGUUAAAGUUAGCCAACAUCGGAACGUUCUACCAUUUUGACCAAUGACAACUGUAGGCAUCUCAAAUACGUUGAAAGGUUAAAAACAAACAUUUUUCAGAGGAGCAUAAAUUUGAGCCUUUCAUUUAUUUUACAAACAAAACAUUUCAAACAUUGCAUGUAGAUAAACGUGAUAGGGCAACUGUGAUAUGGUUAAACUGUAUUUGUAAUGUUUUGCUUAUGUAAAUGAACUGAAGAUGCAUAAUUUGUGCAAGUGUAUGCAAAGUGGGGUAGGAUACCUUUAGUGGAAGAGUCAGUAAAGUUGUCAUUCACUUACACAAGACCAUAGUCAUGAGAAUAACCAGGAAUUCUUGGAUCCUCUGAUAUUACUGUAUACCUUUUGUCAUGUAAAUGGCACCAGAAAUACCUAUUAUGCAAUUUCUAAUAGUUUUUGCUAUAUAUUCCAGAUAAUAUUUGAUGAUAGCAAAGUAUAAUUACUAAAGCUAUACUUUUUUAUAUGCAGUAUUAUUAGGAUAGAUGUAAGUCAGCAUAUUAAGAGCAUCAAUGAUACGUGAACAAGAUGCAUUCUGCAACUUCCAAGUCAUCUAAAUAACAAUUAAUUGUGUUGGGGACAGGCAGCCACAGUGUAUUUAUACAUGUUAGGCUUAUAUCGAGGUACCCCAGGUCAAAUUAAUGACCCCCCGUCCCUCUCUUGGAUGAAACCCCAAAACAAGCUGACUAACUUCUGGGUGCCUACUAACUGCUGGAUGAACAGAUGUAUUAGGUGAAAGGAAACAUACCCAGCCAUUUCUGUCCUCCCUGGGAUUCGAUCCUGGAAUUCUUAAUUGUGAGUUGAGAACAAACCCGACUGUACUAAUGGGACCCUCAAUAUGCAUCCAGUGUCUAUGGCAUCAGGAAAUGCUGGAAAUCUGUUGUUCAGGGCUUCAAGCGGUGAAGCCAAGGGAAAACGUGAUGAAUUUUUAACAAAACGCUCAGCUUAUAAAUAAAUAAAGUUGAAUCUGGAAUUCCUAGGAGUGUCAUGUGUAUCAAAAUCAAAGUUAGCAAAACCACGCUCAAUGUUAUUUUGAAGGCUGUAGACCAAAUUUUUUCACAUUCUGUUAAAGGUGCAAGUGAUGUAGUAACGUGCAACAGAAUUUUUUUUUUAGUAAUUGCUCGUGUUAAAAGCGUUGAUGAGGCUGUCUCGGAGUGGUACAGGCAGACAUGUGGCAAAUCAAAGAAGCCAGUGCCAAGAUGGCUCAUUAAGGGAAAAGGCCAAGCAUUUUCACCAGCAAGUGAAGUUUCAUGAUAAGCGAGUGUACAGUGAUAGCUAAGGGGCUUUAAGGUUCAUAUCUGUGAAAUUACGAGUUGAAAAGUAAUCUGCUGAUUUAAAAGGUGCAGAGGAAUUUGUGUCAAAAUUUGAGGAGAUAGUGCAGGAUGACUUUCUUAUCUCCUGAACAACUUCAUAAUGCAGAUGAAAUAAACUUGCACCGUGUAUGUUGGAUGAUUAUACAUACUCUCUUCUAGAUGAAGGUGAUGGUUCAGCUGGGUUCAAGGCAAGUAACAGAAGGCUCUCUGUACUCUGUUGUGCAAAUGCAACUGGCAUGCACGAAUUAAAAUGACUCAUUAUUGACAAAAGUAAAAAUCCAAGGGCCUUUAAGUGUGUCAUUAAUACUAUCAUUGUCAUUUUAAGGCUCAGCUCAUCACAUGGAUGUCUAGACCCAUUUUUCAUAAAUGCUUUUUAAAUCAUAUCAUACCCAAGAUGAGAUCAUUUUAACAGUACUUGGUAUUGGCUUGCCAGGGAACAGCAAAGUGGAGCUCUUUCUUGAUCCACAUGAACAACACAUCCACAUGAAAAUGAGCAAGUUAAGGGCAAUAGGUUUGGUACAUAUGCAUUUGUAGGAUUCAGAAAAUUUGUCAGAGGAAGAGGAAGACGGAACAAGUCAAGCAUGCAUGGCAAAGGUAGAGAAGAGCUUUGAAAUCUUUUUAAAGUUCGACUACAGAAGAUCUGAUGUCAUUUUACAGAUUUUGCAGCAUUUUCAAAAAUGCUAAACAUCUGGAUGCUUGGGGCAAUUAACACUCAAAGAGGAUGAUUGAGAGGGCUUCCAAGAGAGCUCAAACUAAAGCCUUUUGUGUUCGUCCUCCAUGUAACCAUGAAGAUUGAUCAUGUAGCCCUCAACAUCCACCUCCACCCUCAGUUAACACCACCAUACUCACCUAGACAUUAUUCCAGGAUCAUAUGUGGAGAAACAUCUGGACACUUGGUGAGUACCCAUAUUUAUUGUUAGUGAAUCGAGGAAGAGAGAGGAGAUAUAUAGAGAGCCAGCAUGGAAACCCGAAGAGAAGAAGUGGAGAGGGAAAGAGGGGGCAAGUAGGGAGGUGGUUAGAGCAAAUAGUCCCAUUUGGUAAUCCCACCAAGAAUCCGACAGAAAUGCCAGAUGGGUAGAUAAGGCAGUGAUGGACACAAGGAAGCAUACUAGAAACAAUAAAACAAAUCAUAGAAAACUACAGGGUUUAUAUAAUGUUAAAGAUGCAUUUAAAAACACAUUUCUUUUUAUGGUAUACAGUACUAAAAUAUUGAAUUUUACAAUAACUGUAUUGUUGCCACAAAAUAUAAAAGCAGAGGAAAGCAUAUUUCUGAUGACCUAAAUGUAAAUGCUAUAGUAUACAGGGCAUAAGGAAACAUGAUUUUACAUAAACCUACCAGUGCCUCAAAAUAUAAGGCAGAGGAAACCAUAUUUCUAAUGGCCUAAGCAUAAAUGCCACAAUAUAUAGGGCAUAAGGGAACAGAAAAGUACACUCACUUAACCGUUUGUACAAUAAUGGAAAUUAUCAAGGUACUGUAUCAAGAUUUGCAUGAAUGUUUAAAUUAAAAAAAAAAAAUUGUGGUAUCUCUUAUGUGUGAAAAUGUCAUCAAAGUCAGAUAAAAAAAUGAAAAAAUAUUUGUCAAUAAUUUGUUUUGAAAUUUGAAUGUUUUACCAAAAAUGCAACCAAAAGUCAUCAACAGUAUUACUUCUGAUAUAAUUUUCCCUAAUUCUAUUAUUCUAUCUGAUAUAAAUAACUUUGUACAUUCUUUCCUAUGAGUCAUAUUUCAUUGAUCUGAUUGUUUCAAGUUUUCAUAGCAAAAUAAAAAAGAAUAAUAAAGUACAAAAGAUUUUUAUGGAAAUCUCCACUAUUUCCAAUAUUUUAAAUGCUGUCCUUGUUUAAAAAAUACAAAUAAAACACUUAAGAGUUGGGCAAUUCCUUUUAAAUACAACUAAAAUUGUACCAACAAAAAUAGGUUUUCUUGUUGUACGGGACUCAAGAAUUUGUGACAGUGUAUAAGUUUAACUACCAAAGCUGAGAUGGCUCCUUCAACCAACUGUUGGAUGCUGCUUUAGCAUGCUUCAUGUGCAAAACUUUGUUAUAUUAAGCUUUGGGCUUAAUAUUAACUUUUCUUGUGUGUUUGUAAUCCCACAGUUCACUGGGGCAGUGUACAUUUAGAGAGAUGUAGAAAUUAGUAGCGAUUUAACUACAGUAGUACAGUUUGGAAGUUUAUUGAAUUUGUUAAGGGAAAUUAAACAAUUAAUAAUGCUACACAAUAAAUCCUUUGCAUAUUGGUUUCCACCACUUGCUAAUUAUGUUUUUGCUGAUAGAAUGCAUAGAAACUUGUUUGUCUGGAAGGGCUGCAUCAGUUGCCAGAGUAUCACUAGGUAGGUGAUGGACAGGUCUUAGACAGUCUGGCCCCCUCAAUGGAAACAUUGGGAAGUGAGAAUUUAGUAUUACAUUAUUCACAUUACUGAAGGGAAAACACACCAAAAAGGUAGAGUGCACCAAAACAAAUACUUGCUUGGCAACAUUUGCAACCCUGAUUCGAAUUAUGUACUCACUUGUCAAAGUCCAACCACUAGUUAGCUCCUCACCCUCCCCGUAAAAGAGGGGGCGGGACCAAAGAGCCGAAGCUCAACUCCUGCAAGCACAGCUAGGUGAGUACAGAUAUCAGCCCUGGCAGCUCAGUCCGGUUCCUUUGUUAUUACUGUAAUUUAUAUUUAUGAGUUCCAGUGUGUAGGAAGAGCCCCAGAGCCAAGUGUGUGUCACAUGACUCUAUUGUGACUGUUAUCUCGGUUUGCAAGUUAUCAUGUUUUAACACUAUAGUACCUGGGAUAUCAUGAUUGUAAUUUGUCACCAUUCCUUGCAAGUUAGAGAUGGCCUGUGGUACUUAAAAGUUUGAGGAAAAUAUCCAUGUAGAAGCUUAGAAAACACUGCACAGUACAUGUAUUUUCAUGAUACAUUUACACUUCUUCAUUAGCUUUGAAACAGUUUUUUCUAGUACAGUACUGUAUUUAAAGUUUGAUGUAUGUUUCACCUUAAAACAAAAUAUUAAUCUUGUUAUUGUAAAGAAAAAUUAAUCUUGGUCAUAUUCGAUUACCUGUAUAUUCCAAUCCAAUGGUAAGAAGCAUGAUCCGACCAUACAUACAACCUUCCAGUUAAUCAUAAGUGGUUCUCUUCCUGCUUAAGCUGUCACUUGGCAUCUUGGAUAUAACAAAUUUUCUUUAUUGAUGCUCGAUAGAUUUGUUUAAUAUGUACCUGAGAUAUUUACAAGUAUAUUCGGUACUUUAUUAUACUCAAUUUUAUGUACUUGCACUCGGCUUCCAUUAAUCUUAUUUUAUUAUCUUUGUGAUCAAGCAGCACCACUUAGCAAUAUUUUAUCUUAUGUUUUAGUUGCAUGUUUGAAUAGUAUCACAUAAUUCUGCCGUGAUAUGAAAACAAAACUUAACGCACAAGUAAUGUAUAUAUGUAUGCAUGCCAUAUCUGAUACUUGGGUAUUUGAACUCAAAGUGUAUGCCCAGUACCACGUGCUUCCAUAGCCACAGUGUGGCACUAGAGAUAUUUUAAUAUAUUAACCAUUUUAUAGUGCCACAUGCUUCAUCCUGCCUACAUGAAUGUUGUAAUACAGUACUUCAAAUAUGAAAUCAUUUGAUGUUAUUUUAAUGUAAAUGAUAUCAAAAUGUAUUAACAAAUUUUAGGUCAUGUUGGUUUUGAAAUAUGUAUAUAUAUAUAUUUUAACAAAUAUCAAAUAUUCUUUAUGUAAAUCAUUGGUAAUGUAAUAAUGUCCAUUCAUGCCUCAAUUUGUGUGAGAAUUUGGGUACAGUAUAACAAUUUCAACAUAGCUUUCAUAGUCAUGGUUUAAAGUUGUUAUAUUGUCAUGUGUGCACGCAUUAUAUUGUGUAAGGUCUAAUGACCUAGAGUAUACUCUUAGAACCUCAAUACUGUACUAUGUUAGGUUCAAACCUAUUUUUAUGAUAAGAGGGCCAUUGUAUGAUGAAAAUGUCAUCUUUAUUAAGAUUGAAUGGAAUCUUCACAUUGUAGUUAUACUAUUAUUUUAUUGCUGCAAAUUAUAUUACUUACGUCUCACAUGUAUUUACCUAUGUAUCACAUGUAUUAACAUUAGUUACAACAAGACUAGCAAAUGGCCACUUGCAAUAAGACAUUUAACACUACGCAGCAGCAGCAGCAGGAGGCGGCGGCGGCAGGUGUCUUCUCUUUUGUAUCAUUACCAAUAGUGAAUAUAAUGUUUAUAUUUAUCACUCGGUUUUGAAGUGCAUUUCAACAUGAGCCUAACCACUUUGACUUUUUGUAACACUUGCAUAGUCAAACUACUGUAUUUUUAUAUGGACAUAAAGAGAAAUUGUCCUAAGCAUUUUGUACUGUUCAUAAUUUACUUUCAACAAAAUGCAUUGCAUGUCUCUCAUGUGUUGUCAAGGAAAUGUUUAAUGUUAUAAAUUACUGUAAUUUGAUAUAUUUUGCUACCUAAUUUAACUGUUACACAUCUUUAGAAUUGUAACAUGAAAAUUAAAUUUCAGGUAUAUUUUCUUUACAGUACAAGUCUUUUAUGUGUCUAGAUCAUUAUCUUUUUUUUUAAAUAUUUUUUUACAGAUUUAUGUUGGUAAAUGAAAACACCGAGGACCAGAAUCUGCGUGCUAAGAAGGCAUCAUGUUCACUCAUUAGGUUUUACAUAUAUUAUGUAUGUCAUUAUACAUGGUGCUGUGUAUAGUGUUACAGUUAUUCCGUAGCUGCAGUAUAUUAUUGGAUACCAUUAUAGGUGUUCAUAUAAGGUAUAAUAAAUGAAUUAUAACAUUUUAGUCAUGGUGUACAGGUAUUGCAUCGUGUAAGUUUAAAGACAUUACUCUUAAGAACCUACAUACAGUAUAGUUUAAAGAAUUUUUUUUUGCGAUAAGGUAAUUUAGGAUAUUUUAAUUUAGAGUGAAAUUUUCAAGCAGUCAUUAAUUUAUUACUGUAUAUGUAUGGUAUUAUUGGGUAAUUGAAGUUUGUAAAUGACGUUUUUUAUAUAAUGCAGGCAAGCAGGCAAUGCUUGCCUGCAUUUCACUCUUAUGUGAUGACCAAUUUUGUUGUUUCAGAUUUGACAAGAAAAGCAAAUUAUAAUUUUCUUAAAUAUAAAACUGAAUCCAGUA